GGGCGGGGGAGAAUGGCAGUUGCGGUGCUGGUUCCCGGGAGCAGCCGUCUAGCCGGAACUGCGGAGGAGUUCGGAAAAGUGGCCGUUGGGACCCCUCCCCUUCUUUUCCCCCGCCCCAGCUGAGAGGCGCCUCCGCGAGUCUGAGGGACCCUCCCCCGUACUUCCUCCAGUUUCUGUCGCCGCUGUCGGGCGAUGGGCCUGUUCUCCUGCACCCCUGCGCCGCCGCCGCCGCUCUGAGGAGUUAGAUACCGGCGGGCACCGGAGGAGGUUGCGCCCGGGAGCUGGAGGGUAGGGGCGGCUCCCGUUUCUGACCUGAGGCGCUCUGGCCCGGCCGCUGCCCUAGCGCCCCUCCCCGGGACGGAAAUGGAUUCGGAAGUCCCGCGGAACAUGUAUGAUAACAGUCUUCUGUAAAUUGAACUUUUUCAAGAAUUCUCUGAAGGAACCAAGUAGGAUUUUCUUACAUCAUGACUUAAUCUGAAUGCAAGACCAAGAAAUAGAUUUUAUCUCUAAAUAUAAUGAAGGGCUGUGUGUAAACACUGACCCUGACUCAAUUCUAAUGAACAUUUUAGACAUGAGUUUACAUCGGCAAAUGGGUUCAGAUCGAGAUCUUCAAUCUUCUGCUUCAUCUGUGAGCUUGCCUUCAGUCAAAAAGGCACCAAAAAAAAGAAGAAUUUCAAUAGGCUCUCUCUUUCGGAGGAAAAAGGAUAACAAACGUAAAUCAAGGGAGCUAAAUGGAGGGGUGGAUGGAAUUGCAAGUAUUGAAAGUAUACAUUCUGAAAUGUGUACUGAUAGGAACUUCAUUUUCUCCUCACGUACCUCUUUUGACAAUGGAUUAACUUCUAUCAGCAAACAAAUUGGAGAUUUUAUAGAGUGCCCUUUGUGCCUUUUGCGGCAUUCUAAAGACCGAUUUCCUGAUAUAAUGACUUGUCAUCAUAGAUCUUGUGUGGAUUGCUUACGACAAUAUCUAAGGAUAGAAAUCUCUGAAAGCAGAGUAAACAUCAGUUGCCCAGAGUGUACUGAACGGUUUAAUCCCCAUGAUAUUCGCUUGAUAUUAAGUGAUGAUGUAUUGAUGGAAAAAUAUGAAGAAUUUAUGCUUAGACGGUGGCUCGUUGCAGAUCCUGAUUGUAGAUGGUGUCCAGCUCCAGACUGUGGAUAUGCUGUGAUAGCAUUUGGAUGUGCCAGCUGUCCAAAAUUAACUUGUGGGCGAGAAGGCUGUGGAACAGAGUUUUGCUACCACUGUAAACAAAUUUGGCACCCCAACCAGACCUGUGAUGCUGCUCGACAAGAGAGAGCCCAGAGUUUACGUUUGAGAACUAUACGUUCUUCAUCCAUUAGUUAUAGUCAAGAGUCUGGAGCAGCAGCUGAUGAUAUAAAGCCAUGUCCACGAUGUGCUGCUUAUAUAAUAAAGAUGAAUGACGGGAGCUGCAACCACAUGACAUGUGCUGUCUGUGGUUGUGAGUUUUGUUGGCUGUGUAUGAAAGAAAUCUCAGAUUUACAUUAUCUAAGUCCAUCAGGAUGUACUUUUUGGGGGAAGAAACCCUGGAGCCGAAAGAAGAAAAUAUUGUGGCAGCUGGGAACACUUGUUGGUGCUCCUGUAGGAAUUGCUUUAAUAGCAGGCAUUGCAAUCCCUGCAAUGAUUAUUGGCAUUCCUGUUUAUGUGGGCCGUAAGAUUCACAACCGAUAUGAAGGCAAGGAUGUUUCAAAGCACAAACGGAAUUUGGCCAUAGCGGGUGGUGUAACAUUGUCUGUAAUUGUAUCUCCAGUAGUAGCUGCAGUGACUGUAGGUAUUGGUGUUCCUAUUAUGUUAGCUUAUGUCUAUGGCGUUGUUCCAAUUUCUCUCUGUCGAAGUGGAGGUUGUGGAGUCUCAGCAGGCAAUGGAAAAGGAGUCAGGAUUGAAUUCGAUGAUGAAAAUGAUAUAAAUGUUGGUGGAACUAACACAGCUGUAGACACAACAUCAGUUGCAGAAGCAAGACACAACCCUAGCAUAGGGGAGGGAAGUGUUGGUGGUCUGACUGGCAGUUUGAGUGCAAGUGGAAGCCACAUGGAUCGAAUAGGAGCCAUUCGAGAUAAUCUGAGUGAAACAGCUAGCACCAUGGCACUAGCUGGAGCUAGUAUAACGGGGAGUCUAUCAGGAAGUGCCAUGGUAAACUGUUUUAACAGGUUGGAAGUACAAGCAGACGUACAGAAAGAACGGUACAGUCUAAGUGGAGAAUCUGGCUCGGUCAGCUUGGGAACAGUUAGUGAUAAUGCCAGCACCAAAGCAAUGGCAGGAUCCAUUCUGAAUUCCUACAUCCCAUUGGACAAAGAAAGCAACAGUAUGGAAGUACAAGUAGAUAUUGAAUCAAAGCCAUCCAAAUUCAGGCACAACAGUGGAAGCAGUAGUGUGGACGAUGGCAGUGCCACUCGAAGUCACGCUGGUGGUUCAUCCAAUGGCUUGCCUGAAGGUAAAUCCAGUGCCACCAAGUGGUCCAAAGAAGCAACAGCAGGAAAAAAAUCAAAAAGUAGCAAAUUGAGGAAAAAGGGUAACAUGAAGAUAAAUGAGACCAGAGAGGACAUGGAUGCACAGUUGUUAGAACAACAAAGCACGAACUCAAGCGAAUUUGAGGCUCCAUCCCUCAGUGACAGUAUGCCAUCUGUAGCAGAUUCCCACUCUAGUCAUUUUUCUGAAUUUAGUUGUUCUGACCUAGAAAGCAUGAAAACUUCUUGUAGUCAUGGUUCCAGUGAUUAUCACGCCCGCUUUGCUACUGUUAACAUUCUUCCUGAGGUAGAAAACGACCGUCUGGAAAAUUCCCCACAUCAGUGUAGCAUUUCUGUGCUUACCAAAACUGUUUCAUGUUCAGAAGUUCCACAGUUGAAUCAUAUUGCUGAAGAACAUGGUAACAAUAGAAUAAAACCUAAUGUUGAUUUAUAUUUUGGUGGUGAACUAACAGAAACAAACAACAACCACUCACAUCAGACAAUGGAAUUAAAAGUUGCAAUUCAGACUGAAAUUUAGGCCUAUAAAUGCUGCAAAAUAAUUACCACUGAACAACCUUGUUUGGAGCUGGUUGAACUACACGUGACUACUUUGAGUUUCAAGUUACCAGCAAAAGCCGGGUUUCAUAAUCAUAAUGCAGAUACAUUUUCUUUGUUCAGCAAAGCAUUGUAUUUCAUGUGGAUCUUAAUAACCAAACUAUGAAGUGAAGGCUUUAAAAGUGCAUUAUUGUAAGGAUAAUAAAUCUUAAGAGCAAAGCAAGUUUUGUGUGUUUGCCACAAACCAUUGCUUCAAGCACAUAAUUGUGUAUUUAGUUAGAAAUUUGGCUUAAUUUAUAAUCAAUAUAAAAUACUAAUGCAGGUCUACAGCAUUCUAAUGAAGAAAACUUGAGACUUAGGGAUAAGUGGUUAGUGACAUUUUAUUGAAACCACUAAGGGAUACUGUUUAAAAGAACUUUGCAAGUUACUCUUAGUAUACGAUACUCUUUGUAACAUUUCUAUUCAUAACUGGGCAUAAUUUCAUUUUUUUCAUAUGCAAUGUGGAUAUAUAAAGCUUAAUGCAGCCCAUUUGCUACCAUUUGGAUACUUAGACACUGAGCAAGAUUGUGGCAGUUUUUGCACAACUUUGAAAUAGAAAUACCAGGUACUCUAUAUAUCUUGUAUCUUGUUGAUGCCAUCUUAGAAGAAAAAUGUAAAGGUAGGCAAUUAAGUACACUGACAGCAACAAAUAAGAUAUAUAAAACUGUAAAAUAAAAUCCCAUUAGGUUGUAAGAUUACAAAAAAGUCACCUUUCACUAAGGGGAAAUUUGUACCCCAUUGAUUUCUGGUGCCUUUGGGAUAGACUGGGUUUUAAGGACCUAGUUUGAGAAUUUUGCUGUAUUGUUUGCCAUAGCGUUAUCUCUAGUCACCUUGGAUUAUAUAGAAAAAUACAGAAAAUAAACAUGAAUGUGAUUAGUAACAAUGCUGAAAAAGUAUUAGCCUACCAAAGACACACUCAAGCUUUAGUGAGUAACAUUACAUAACCUCAGUUUUUAACACAUGGGUAUCUUCUCCAACCAUGAAGUCAAGCACCAUGCAGAACUUGUACCCAGUACACAAAAGGUCCAUCUAUGGUUAGCUUUAUUUGCUUUUGCUUUUGUUUAUGGAAGAUGUUCAGCUGACAUAAGCAGAAGUUGGCCAAAAUACUGCCUGUACUGUUACCUUCCUGUAUAAUUCACUUAAAUAAAGCAGGUUAACCUCAAUGAUAGCAGUUAAAAUGUUCCAUCUUAUGUGUUUCUUUUAAGUAUUACCAUUACGGUGCUACUAAGCAUUUUCUUUUGAAAAAAAGAAAAAUGCCAUGGGCUGCAGUCUUCUUCCAUCACUUCUUCACCAGGUCCAUUAAUAUGCUUAUAACACUAGUGCCAGUUAUUUUAUUUGAUAAUGCUCAUAUCGUAUUUGUAUAUUUGUUUGCAUUCCAAUUUUGUUCAGUAAUGAGUGUGUAAACUUGCAUACGUGAAAUAAAUGUAAAUAUUAAUGUA